AUGAUUUCAAAGAUUUUUUCAAAACAAUCAAUAUUUGCAAUAUUUGUUAUAUGUUUGUUUAUAUUCAUUUUAAAUAAUAAUAUUAUUGACACAAAACUAAAAGAAAAACAUAUUAAAGAACAAAAUAAUAAUAAUAAUAAUAAUAAUAAUAAUAAUAAUAAUAAUAAUAAUAAUAAUAAUAAUAAUAAUAAUAAUAAUAAUAAUAAUAAAAAUAAUAAUAAAAAAUCAAACGUAAAGAAAAAUUCAUAUAAUAGUUUUAGAAAUAUUAAUUUUUUAAAUGAAGAAUUUCCUCAGCUCUACACAUAUAAUCCUGAAGAGCAGAAUAUAGAAACAUACCACUACUACGAGGAAGAGGAAGAAGAAGAAGUAGAAGUAGAAGUAGAAGAGGGAGAAGAAGAAGAAGAUAAUUAUCAAGAUAAAAAUAAAUUAAAGAUAUUUAACAAUGAGAUUAAAGAGGAAUGGUCAAAAUUACCAAGUGAUAUAAUGGAUAAAAAGAGGAUUUGUAUAGUUACAACUGAAAUAGAGGGACCAGUUUUGGGAGGUGGUAUUGGAACGGCAUAUACAGCAUUAUCACAAAAAUUGAAUGAGGAUGGACAUCAAAUUACAAUUGUUUUAGUGAAUAAAGUGAAGAGAUUAACAAUGGAGCAUUGGAUAGAACUUUACGGACGACAAGGUAUAGAGUUGGUGAUUUUAGAUUUCUUUCUAUUGGAUCCUCUAUCGGUUGGAUCAAAGGUUGCAAUGGAAAAUCAGAAUAAAUUGAACCCAAAUGAAACUGAUAAUCUCAUUGGAAUGAUAGGUUGUACUGGACCAUGCAUUAGAUCCUAUCGUACUUAUCUUUGGUUAUCAAGACACGAGAAUCAAUUUGAUUUCAUACAUUUUCAUGACAAUGGUGGUAUGGCCUAUUUCUCAACUCUAUCACAACGUCAAGGUUUACACUUUCAAGAGGUAAACAUUGUCAUUGGUGGUCAUGGUCCACAUCUUUGGGAAAGAAUCGCAAAUUCUGCCAAUCUAGAUGAUGGUAAACAUUUCGAAGUAGAUUAUUUAGAAAGAAAAUCGGUUCAAUUCUCAAAUUAUCUUAUAUCACCAAGUAAUUAUAUGUUAAAUUGGAUGACUUAUAAUCGUUGGGAAAUUCCAAAGAAUUCUUUUGUUCAUCAAAAUUUAUUACCUGGUAAAAAUCAACAAUCCUUAUCACCAAUGUUAUUAAAUGAUUUUUUAUUUAAACAACAACAACAACAACAACAAGAUAUUAAUGCUGAUCAGCAAGAUGAUGACAAUGAUAAUGGUUUAGAAUUACAUGAUUUUAAUGAAAUAUUAUUUUUUGGUAGAUUAGAGUCAAGAAAAGGUUUAGAUAUAUUUUUAAAAGCUUUAGAAUCAUUAUCACAACAAAUAAAGAGUUAUUCAAUGAAAAUUACAUUCCUUGGAUCAAAUACGAAAUUAAUGGAAUUCAAUGUAAUGGCUGAUUUAUAUAUUGAUUCAGUUUGUAGACGAUUGGAUAUUUAUUGUCAAAUUUUAGUUGGAAAAUCUCAUACUGAAGCAAUUCAAUAUUUAACUACCAAUAAACAUGAUAAAUUGGUUGUGGUCGCUUCACCCAUUGAUAAUUCUCCAAAUACCGUAUUGGAAUGUUUAACUCAUCGUUUAUCUUUAAUUGCAACCAAUGUUGGUGGUAUACCUGAACUCAUUCAUCCAAAUGAUAGAAAGAGGGUUUUAUUCGAUCCAAAACCAAAAUCAUUGAUCAAAUUAAUUAAAACUUUAAAAGAAACUGGUAUCUCUGCUGCUAGAUUUUCAACUGAUGAAUGGACUCGUCAAAUGAUUUGGAGUAAUUGGCAUUCUAUUGCACAAUUGGAUUCUUCAAUAACAAAUAGAAAUAGAAAAUUAAAUAGUGUUAGAUUAGAUAAUAUCAAAAAGAAAUUAUUAACUAUAGUUUUAAUAUAUGAUAGAAGUAAUUUAGAAACUUUAUUAAAAAAUAUAAACUCUAUUUCAUCUCAACCAUCACCAUACUUUAAUUAUAAUAUUUUAAUAGCAAAAUCUUCAAAGAUUCCUGGUGGUUCAACUGAUAAAAUCUCUCCAAAACUUUCAAAACUUUUAAAAUCUUUAAAUAUUUUUUAUCUUGUAACUGAAAUUAAUGAUAGUUUAUUACAACCAUUUCAACCAUGGAACUCAAAAGAAAUAUUAGAACAUUCAACAGGUGAUAAUAUCCUCUUUUUAGAUCCUUUAGAUUAUCUCUCUUCAAAUGCUUUAUAUCUAUUAGGAAGAGUUGAUCAAUUUACAAAUGCUCAAAUUAUCACUGGUUCAGUUUUAUUCAGUGGAAAUAAUUCAAUUAUAAUUGAUAAAGUUUUUGAUCAAAUUAAUAAAAAUAUUGGAACUACUACUACCACUACUACCACCACCACCACCACUACAACCACCACUACAACUUCUUCAACUACAUCUUCUUCUUUAGAUCAUUCACCAGAUACAAGUAUAACUUCAAUUUAUAUGGGAUGUACUGGUAUGCCUGGUAUAAUGUAUAAUUGUUAUGGUAGUAGUAAUUUAUUAAUAAGUAGAGUAGCUUUACAAGAAUUAAGUAAUCAAUAUCCUGUACUCAAGAAAAACAAUAGCGCUGAUAAUGAUCAUUUUGAUCAUUUAGAUUUCAAUAGCGAUAUUGAAAAUAGUGGUACUUGGGACUUUUAUGCUCAUGCAACAAGUAAUGGUUAUUCUUUACAAACUAUACCAAAGGUUUUAUUUAUCUCUGAUAGAUUAGAAUAUGAACCUCAAAUUACCUAUAGUCAAGAAACUAGAGUUUUAAAAAAUUUUGAUAAUAUUCUACCACCAACAUUUGAAUUAUCAUCAUUAGCGACAAGACAUUUUUUAACAACAAAGAAGUUAUAUUUAAAUGAGAUUAUUAAUGUAAAUACAAAAUCAAAAGAAUGCGAAAGAUUAUUAAAUAGUGGUAACAUCAAUAAUAUUAAUAGUAAUAAUAAUAAUAAUAAUAAUAACCAAGAGUUAAUUAAAAUAUCAAAUGAUAAUUUUAAUGAAAAUGGUGAAGAGAAUCAUAUGGAAAGUAGAAAUCAUAUUAAAAUGUUAUUUGUUAGAGGUCAUGAAAAGAGUGGAACAAGUUGGUUAAAAAAAGUUAUUGAUUUACAUCCAAGAAUUUUCAUGGCAAAACAAGAGUUUCAUUUCUCUAUUAUGGAGGAAGGUUUAGAUAAAUUUACAUCGAAACCAUGGGCAGCUGCACAAGAACCAUAUAAAUCUUAUAGUAGAAAAUGGUAUAGAUCAUUUGUUAGAAAUAUUUUAUUAUCAGGUGUAUCACCAUCAUUGGCUCCAUUAAUUAAUUGGAUCGGUGAGAAAACUCCAUCACCAUUGGCACCAAUUAUCUCUGGUUCAAGAUAUAUUCUAAUCAUUAGAGAUGGUCGUGAUGUGGUUAUAAGUUUAUUUUGGCAUUAUGUAAGAUUAGGUGGUUUUGAAAAUUGGUGUGGUCCAAAUCAACAUCAUUUAGUCAAUCCAGAUUAUGUCAAAGAGUAUCGUGCUGAUAAUGGUACAAAAGAUUACUUCUCAAUUUAUCCAGAAAGAUUAUUGGAAAAAGAAAUUUGCUUUAGAAAAAUCGCUUCUGGUUGGGCAAAACGUGUUAGAGAGGAUCAAUCUGUCAUUGAUGCAUUACAAUCGAAUCCAGUUGCUUCGGUUUUCUCUUUACGUUAUGAAGAAUUACAUAGAAAUCCUGAAGAAAAUAGAAAAGCUCUUUACCAAUUUUUAGAUUUAGAUUAUAAUGAAGCUGAACCAUUAUCUGUUGAAGAUAAAACUAUACCCGGUGGUUUCGAUGAAAAAUCUGAUAAAAAUAAAUUCUUUAGAAAAGGUGAAAUUGGUGAUUGGAAAAAUUAUUUCACUGAUAAUAAUAAACGUUGGUUUAAAGAAGAAACUGGUAGUUUAUUAGUUGAUUUAGGUUAUGAAUUAAAUAAUGAUUGGUAA